AUCCCUAAUCCAUAAUUCCAAUAGUCUUCGAGGUCCCGAACCCCGACUCCGGCGCCGCCGCCGUCGCCGCCUCCGUCGCGGCCGACGCCGAUGCUGUGUUUCCCACUGAGGUUCACCGUGCGGCAGUCCUCCUAUGUCUCCCUCCCUCUCCUCCCCCGCCGAUGCCGUGCCUUUCCCUCCCCGUCCCUCCUUUCAGACGACAGCGAUUCUUCCUCCUCGUACCCUGACGACCACCGGGACCGCCGCCCCUGCCUCCGCAGAGUCAUCCAAAAGGUCAGAUAUCCCCCUCUCCAUCUCUCGGAUUCCCUCAAAAUGGACUCCUUUGCUCGACAAUGGUUCUCCGUAAACGAAUUGAGGGAAAGGAUGCGCGCCUGCCUCUUGCUCCGGGGUUGGGAUCUGGAAUCCUCCAGCAUCGAGCUUGACGAGCGCAAUGUUGUCGACAUUCUCAACGACUUGUUCGAUGCGAGCUCCGACGCGGCGUUGGCUUUCUACUUCUUCGGGUUAUCGAAGAGGUGUAAUGGCCGCAAGCAUGGCAUCCUCGCAGUUAGCACUAUGGUGCACAUUGCCGUAUUAGGUAAUAUGAAUCACAUCGCUGUGACUCUUCUCAUGAGGACCGUUAGCGAUUCGGAAGAUCACUGCAGUGAUGAGAUGCAAAAGUUACUUUUUGAUUCGUUGAGAGAAACUAGCAGGAGUAGGGAAGUUCUUGAAAUCGUAUAUAGUAUGCUUGUUAAGUGUUAUGCAGAUAAAAAGAUGACAAAGGUGAUGGUUAAGUCAGUGGACGAUAUGAGGAACCUCGGUCUGUUCCUGCCCAUGGAGGUGUAUAAUUCUCUCAUGAGGGUUCUACUUGAGUUCAAAGACUUCAACUUGGCAUGGGAAGUGUUCACCAAUAUACCAAGUAGAUUCAUUGGCACAAAACGGUCCAUUCUAAGCUUAUUUAUAUCUGAACUAGCUGUUCAUAGUCACUUCGAAUGUGCCUAUAAAUUGCUAUUCGAGAUGCAGAAAUACUGCGGCCAAGCUGAUGUUGCUGUGUAUACAAUAGUGAUUCAUUCUUUGUGCAAGUGGGGGUUCCUCAAAGAGGCAACCGUGCUUUUUCAUAAAAUGCUGCAGUUAGGGAUUCCUCAUGACAAUGUUUUGGUUAAUUCGAUAAUUGAAGGUUACCGCAAAGCUGGACGGUUAGUAGAAGCUGACCAUCUCUUGAACUACUUAAAUGGAGCUCCUGAUGUUUUCCUGUAUAAUAGUUUUUUAAUGGAGUGUUGCAGGAAUGGUAAUAUGGCAAAAGCUCUCAAACUGUUCGACCAGAUGUUUCAAGUGGGGUUGGCUCCUGACUGCUCCAAUUAUACGACUAUUAUUUGUGGUUUUUGUAAAGUGUGUAAUCUGGAGCAUGCAUCGAUGAUAUUUGCUCUUAUGCUGAAAAGAGGGAUUAAGCCGACUAUUAUGACAUAUACAACAUUGCUAGAAGGCUAUUGUCGCAAACAUGAUCUUCCCGGCGCAGAGACCAUACUUAGUCUGAUGAAAAUGGAGGGUAUUCAACCGGAUGUUGUCGCUUAUAACACGUUGAUCAAUGGUUACAGCAACUAUGGCCAUAUGCAGAAAGCAUGCGAGUUGAAGGAUAGGAUGGAAAAAGAUGGUGUAACUGCAGAUCUUGCCACUUACAACCUUAUCUUGCAUGGACUUGUUGAGACAGGGGCCAUCAUGCAAUCAAGAGAAAUUUUUAAGGAGCUUGUUAGGAGAGGGCUUACUCCUAAUAGAAUCACCUAUACCAAUUUAAUCGCCGGUUGUUCUAGAGAUGGUAAUUUGGAAGAAGCAUUUCUCAUAUGGAGUAGCAUGAACAAUAAUGGGAUAAAACCUGACGUUGUCACCUGCAGUGCUCUCCUUAAAUGUUUUUGCAAAAGAAGACUCAUGUUCGAUGCGAAUGCUCUAUUUCACAAGAUGUUGGAUGCUGGCUUGGAGCCUGACCUGAGACUUUACAACAUGCUCAUUUGUGGAUUCUGUAAAGAGGGAAAUAUUAGAGAAGCUCGUAGUUUAUUGGCCAUGAUGAAAGCAAAUGGUAUUUUUCCUAAUUACAAGACAAUGGAGGUUCUUGUUUGCUGCCUUCAGAAAAUUGGAACGAAAAGUGCAGCUGAAAGUGUUGCCAUGGAGCUUGUGAAAUCCAUCUUUGGAUCAUAGAAAGAAAAUUAAAGAUGCAUGGUGUUUGCUAAAACUUAAAAUAAGAGUUCAUCAAAUGCCUGAGAUGAGAUAGGAGAAGUCAAAUGCUAAUGAUGUUGGUACCUUGAUUCAUUUUUUUUUAAGUCCAUUGUGAUCACUAAUAGACAACCUCUGUGCAGCUAAAAAGAAUUCAGGAAGUCUGGACAAUGACUGAAAGAAAGGCUCGUUUUGUGAUGCAGCAUGAUCGGCGCUGUUACUUUGCAAAUCUCCUUUUACAAAUGAGUUAUGCAGUCCCCUCUGUAACUUCUGGGCAAAUUGGAUGGCUGAGUGAGUUGCACAGACAAGGCAAAAUGAACAGGUUGAACUAGCAAGAUAGACCAAACAAACAAAACCAACCAACAAACAAGAUGGAGGCCAAGUGAGUUGGCCAGCCAAACUAGCAGAUAGAAGUAAAUGGGCAAUGCAGGCUAAGGGUUCAACUGUAAUAAACGAUUCCAACAAUUCGUCAGAAUCUCACUCUAACCAACAGUGUUGAUGUAAACCAUUGAAUCAGGAACCCUGCUCACAUUGGUCAAGUGAUGGAUUCAAGAAUCCUCCAAAAGAUGUGUUCUCAUAGGGAGCUGAUGUCUGUUUCUUUAUCACUUCCACUCGUGUUUGUUCUGCAAUGUCUUGGAUAGCAACAAAAAAUCUGGAAGUAAUUUGUGAAGCUUCUGAAGGUGCACAUCACUAAUGCUGACAGAAUUAAGAUGCAAUUUUUGUACAACUGGGAGACUUCUGCUUGAAACUUUUUCCAGCAACUAUGCGUUAGUUGUUUUUGAGUGCAAUGUAUAUUUUUUUGUACAGUGAAUGAUACUUUAUUAUGGACAAUGUAAGCCCGUAUUCAAUUUGUAUAAGAUCAGUUUUGCUCCAACAAAAUUUCCUCAUU